AUGCCGCCCAACGUCGAUAAAGGCAGUACCUGCACUAUAUGCAAGAAGAAAGACGCUCAGCUUUGCGGUCGAUGCAAGUCAUCUUGCUACUGCUCAAAGGAGUGUCAGGCUAAUGAUUGGCCCAACCACAAGCUCCUCUGCAAGUCUUUCUCCGAGUUUGACUUGUCGACACGCCCAUCCGAGAACCAUUUUCGUGGCAUCUUCUUCCCUGAGGAUCAAUCCAAGCCACAGGUCGUCUGGCUCGAGAGCCCUUUGCACGAGGUCGAUGGUUACAAGUGGACGUUUCCAGACUUGGAGCCCUUCCUUGGCCCCAACACUCUGCCCGAGCGAGUUCAGGUGCAGACCGACGCAAUUCUACAAAGAUCUCUCACCGAUACCAUCGUCAUCUGCUGCCGCUCAAACUUUGCUGGAUCACAGAAGAACAAGAGCACUUCAGCCGUGCUUGCCCCCAAGAACCUUGCGGCUUCAUUCGCAGCGCUGCCUGGCCAACCUUUCAAUUGGUGCGGUCCCAUUGUCAUUGUUGGAAAGAAGGGAAAAAAGUACGACAUGGACUCUGCCGCCUGCCGAGACCUGGACAUGAGUGACUUCCGGUACAUUGCCGAUUACCUGCUCUCAUAUACCCGCCUGUCGCCGCAUGUCUAG